CACUCCUAAAUCCAAAACAGCACAUCACCCAGAAGAAGAUUGUAUUAGAAGUUUUGUUUUAUAGUCUGUUGGUUAUUUGAUUAUAAGUAGUCUGGAUAUACCAUUAUAAAAUAGGAUGGCAGAAGGAAAUGGAAGAGAUCUACCUGAAAAUAGUGAAGCAACAUGGGCGUUGGCUGUUUGGAAGGAGCAGGGUGAAGAGGAGGAGGGAACUUUACCACUCUCUUGGAUUGGAGAGAAACACAUCAUGUGGCCACCUGGCACCAAUGUAAAAAGGUUAAUGAAAGAGAUGAAAAAACCAAGUGACAACUGGAUGAAGUUUGAGUUGGUAAAAAUCAAGUUUAAAUCUAACAAAAGAAAAGAAUGUGAAGAUUAUGACUUUACCACUACAGCUGAAUUAUCUCCUGAUGAAGCUGAUAGUGAUCAUGGGAAAAAAAGGAUACUUAAGAAAAAAGUGUUCCAAGACUUUAUUACAGAAAUUGGUAAUGAAGAAGGCACAAAAGCUACUGAUAAAUCAGUUGGAGCAUCUAAAAAUGGAAAAAAUAAGGAUAAGGGUGAAAGUCAAGCUACUGUUCCAAGAAACCAAGAAAAAUCUUCAUCAAUGCCGAAGCCUCCCACAAAGUUAAUUGAAAGAAACGCACAGUGCAAAGAAUUGGUUACAGAGAAGAAGAGUUCCAGUCAGACUUCUAACCACAGAGAUUCUAGAUCGCCAUCAAAAAAAUUUAGUUCCAGUCAGACUUCUAACCACAGAGAGUCUAGAUCGCCAUCAAAAAAAUUGAAGUCUACAAAUACAUUGAAGUCCACAACAAGACCAUCUACCAGGCAAGAAUCACCACCAUUUCGUCAGAAGUCAAGAUCUCGAUCACCACUUAUCACACAGAGGUCCAGAUCAAGAUCAAGAUCCCCACCAUUAUCUCAGAGGUCAAGAUCUAGAUCUCCACCAAACAAUCAGACAUGGAGAUCUAGAUCAAGAAGCUAUUCACCGCCGACAGAUAUUUUUUCAAAACUAAAAUCUAUUUAUUCCUAUUCGUCCAAGUCCACAACAAGAUCACCAACAACACAGAAUCCAUCACAAAGAAAACCGUCAAACACAACUCAAAAAUCCACAAGACCUUCAAUAGAGGAGAUAUUACAAGAAUUGAAAAAAAGAUCCUCACAUAGUCUCCAUACUCAGAAAUCAAAAUCUAGUGAAGAUAGGUCACAUUCAACAGGGAACAGUCAAGGGUCUAGAUCUUCCUCACCUCUUGAGGAUUAUCUACUGCCAAGCUCACAAUCUCAACCACAGAGAGUUUCUACCAACAACAACAGAGCAAGGUCUAGAUCACCACUAGAGGAUUGGCAGUCAUUCAGCAGCAACAUAAGCUCAAGGUCUCAUGUCAGGGAAAAUACUUCAACACCAGCUACAAAAAAUAUACCAUCUGGCAGAAAGACGAGUAACAAUUCAGAGACAUUUCCAAUGUCUGAUGAACGUUUCCAGAGAAGAGUAUUGUUUUUACUAACAGAAAUAAGAGACCUGCUGAAAAAAAAUCAGUGUGCCACAACUGCACAGACACACUGUGAACUUGAAAGGGCGGAAACCUUAGACGAAUUUUUUGAAUUGGAAAAUGCCUUGGAUGAUGUAGCUCAGCAGACAAGAUUGACAGAAUAUUUGAGAAGAAUUGGAGGUGCUGGAAGCAGUGACCUAAUGAAGAAAGCCAUGACAAGAAUGAUGUCAAACAUUGUCAUGGCAAGAAUGAACCUAAAAGGGAAAAAGAAUAAGAUAGCUUUCCUAAAAACAAAGCUUUACAAAGUGAUCUCAGGAUGCGUAAUGAUGGUGUAUCCUGAGAUCACAGAAACUAAAGUAAAGGAAGAUAUUGGGAAGUUUUUAAAAUAUGCCCCCGAGAGAGCUGGAGGAGGGGGAAGGACCAGCAAAGAUUAAUCCAAAUUACAAAAAUAAAUUCAAUUUUAAACAAAUUUAUUGCAUUCAUUUCACUUACUUCAAUCAAGAAAGGUGUCCAAAAUUAGAGCAGACAUCAGUGAAAUUCUGAAAGAACUUAUUUUAUCAGUUCACUAUUUCUGUGUGUAACUACAGUUACAGAAAAAUACUCAAAACUUGAUUUACCGACGAUAAAUUACUGUUUGCUGCUUAAAAUAAAUAACCUCAAUUCAGACCGACUUAUAGGCGGGUCAAGCCUGAAUCCUCAGAUUUUCAAACUGAAAAGGGCAUCCGACUUAUAGGCAGAUUGACUUAUAAGCGAGUAUCUACAGUAGUUUCUUUGCUAGCUGAACCGUGAAGUCAUUACUAGCUCGGAUUAAUACCUCCUUUGGGCGGAGUCUAGUCAG